AUGAUCUCCCGAUCGGCUCUCUCGAGGGGAAGCCAGCUGGCCCUUCGCCGCCCGGCCGCUGCGAAGACGGCCCAGCGCGGCUUUGCUGCUGCUGCUGCUUCUCCCGCGGCGUCAUACGAACCCACCACCAUCGCCGGCGUCAAGGUUGCCUCGCGCGACGACUCCGGCCCGACCACCCGCCUCGCCGUCGUCGCAAAGGCCGGUACCCGUUACGAGCCCCUUCCCGGUCUGACCGUCGGUCUGGAGGAGUUUGCGUUCAAGGCAGGUACACAGAACACCAACAAGAGAACCGCCCUCCGCAUCACCCGCGAGUCCGAGCUCCUCGGCGGCCAAUUGCAGGCCUACCACACCCGUGAGGCCGUCGUCCUCCAGGCCUCCUUCCUCCGCGAGGACCUCCCCUACUUCACCGAGCUCCUUGCCGAGGUCAUCUCUGAGACCAAGUACACCACCCACGAGUUCCACGAGCUCGUCGAGAACUGCAUCCACGAGAAGCAGGCCAAGCUCGACUCUGCCGCCAUCGCCCUCGAUGCCGCCCACAACGUCGCCUUCCACAGCGGCCUCGGUUCUCCCCUCUACCCUACCGUCGACACCCCUACCUCGUCCUACCUCAACGAGAACUCGGUCGCCGCCUUCGCCAACCUCGCCUACAACAAGGCCAACAUCGCCGUUGUCGCCGAUGGUGCCAGCCAGGCCGGUCUCGAGAAGUGGGUUGAGCCCUUCUUCAAGGGUGUUCCCGCCACCAGCUCCGGCAACCUGAACACUGCCGCCUCCAAGUACUUUGGUGGUGAGCAGCGCGUUGCCAAGAACGGCAAGAACGCCAUCGUCAUUGCCUUCCCCGGUGCUUCCCUUGGCGUCCCCCACCCCGAGACUUCCGUCCUCGUCGGUCUCCUCGGCGGUGUCUCCAACAUCAAGUGGUCCCCCGGUUUCAGCCUCCUCGCCAAGGCCACCGCCGCCAACCCCGGCGCCGAGGCCUUUGCUCACAACUACGCCUACUCCGAUGCUGGUCUCCUCGCCAUCCAGAUCACCGGCAAGGGUGCCGCCGUCGGCAAGGUCGCCGUCGAGGCCGUCAAGGGUCUCAAGGCCAUCGCUGCCGGUGGUGUCUCCAAGGAGGACCUCACCAAGGCUAUCGCCAAGGCCAAGUUCAACCUCCUCUCCGCCAGCGAGGUUUCCGGCACUGGCCUCGUCCACGCCGGUGCCAACCUUCUUGCCGGUGGCAAGCCCAUCCAGGUUGCCGAGACCCUCAAGGCUCUUGAGGGCGUUACCGCUGAGAAGCUCCAGGCUGCUGCCAAGAAGCUCCUUGAGGGCAAGGCUUCCGUUUCCGCCGUCGGUGACCUCCACGUCCUUCCCUAUGCUGAGGAUCUCGGUCUCAAGGUAUAG